AGGUGGCGGCGGAAAUGCAAUGGAGAUGGUUUGACAUCAUCAAAAUUGUGGGGUUUGGUAUCCGCGGCGAGAGGCUGCUUAUUCUCAUACUUCGACUACUGACUCUGCUCCAACAUUCCUGAACUUUGGGUAGGAUUGGAUUCCUCCUCCCUUAUUGCAAUCCUCAUCAGCAAGCAACCCACACCAUGGCAGAAGUGGUCAUUGCCUCCGACAUCUACGGGACCUUACUCUCCCUUGAAACGGCCACGCAGGAGCUGGAGCAGCACUUCCGGGGAGACGCCCAGCGCGCGCGCGCACCGACGCUAUCUCCCCUUCGAGCCCUCGACGGGGUUCUCGCAGCCUACAAUCGCCUCCAAGCCUUUCCGGAUGUCGAAGAAGCCCUCCGGAAGAUAACCGCCAUCGCGCGGAUCAAGCCGGUGGUGUUCUCCCACGGCACCGUGGACAUGGUCCGCGCCUGUCUCAGCCAUGCACCGCCGCAGCUGCAGCAUCUGCAACUACAACAAUAUAAGCCCGCCCCGGCGGCCUACAGUCACCUGCGGGAGCAAGUAGCCAGCAAGGGCGGCGGCAGCAGCAGCAGCACGGCGAUGAUCUGGCUCAUCAGUGCGAAUCCAUUCGACAUCGCCGGCGCGAAGAGUGCAGGCCUGAGCACGAACUGGGUCGAUCGCGACCAGAACCAGGCGGGCUGGUCCGACCAAGCACUGCCUGAGGUCAAGCCUACGGCGACGAUUCGUCGGCUGGCCGAACAGACAGACAACCCGAUCAACCCCUGAGAAGUCAGUUCAAGCAAAACUCCACCGAACUCCGCUGGACACAACAUGCUAAAAGCAAAAAAAAAAA